AUUUGAUGCUCCUGAUGAGGAAAAAGUAUCCGUUGAUGAGCCAGGAAAAAUGGAAGUGGAUCCAGUUACCGGUGAAAGACAAGUCGAAGAUGCGCCUGCAGAAGCUGGUUCGGUACCAACUCAAAAGGAAGUAGAGGCAUAUCUAGUGCAAAGGCGAAAGCAGCAGUUACUGGAUAAAUAUGUAUCUGAGGAUUUAAAGCAAAAUGAGGAGGAAACGAAAGAAUUGACAGGACAAGCUUAAAUAAAUACAUAUUUUUUUAGAUGAAUGUGUAGCAUAAAUUUGACAGUGCGUACGGACUUUGUAAACGUGACGUGAUAAAAUAACCUCUUUGAGUGUUCUCAUGGGUAUAUAUUUCCCGCCCCUUUUUCCAUACACAUACCUUUAAAAAAAUGUUAUCCAGCCGUAUAUUAGCACGUUCAGUGACGAGUUCAGUUCGAUUAUCAGCACGUCGUUUUGCCUCAAAGACCGUUGUGGUUGAGCGUGAAUUACCCAAACCUCCUCCACCUUCUAAAAAACGUUGGCUUUGGACAGGUAUCGGUGUCGGUGCUGUGGUUUGGGGUGUCGGUCUUGGAGCUGCUUUAAACCACCAACGUUUGUCCAGUAGUGUUGUUCACGGUACUUUGUUUACUGUGCGUUACGAUCCCCGAGUCAUUGCUCUAGUGGGAGAUCAAGUCGAUUAUGCAGAUUCUUGGCCUUGGAUUAGUGGUACUGUGAACCACUUGAAGGGUAAAAUUGAUAUUGGAUUUGACGUCAAGGGAUCAACAGGUGAACGUGCACGAGUUCAUUUUGCCUCUAGACGUAGUGGACCAAAGUCAUGGUUCACUACAGAUUUCAAGGUAGUUCGUUUAUCCGACAACAAAUCCAUUGAUAUUGGUCACCAGGAUUUGACUGAAACAGGCGAGCUCGCAUUAUAGAAUAUAUUAUAUUUUUUACACAAAGCAAUAAAAAG